AUGAGUCUCAAGUUCAAGAAAGUUGACAAAUGUGAAGAUGUGAAAAGGAUAGAUUGCUCUUCUUCGGGCGUAUACAUACUCAAAACAGACAUGGUGUUGACCACAGAAUCAGGCCAAACAUGUGCACAGAAUUGUAAAGACUUCGCUUGCUUCAAAAAUGAUGUCCUUGUUUAUGAUGGGCGCGAUUUGAUCUUUGGAGAUGGAAGGCUUACUGUGGAUGCGUGCUCGGAUGUUUUUCUCAACGACAAUAUUGGUUUGCUGAGAAACAGCACGUUAAUCAUCUAUGAUAGAAAAUUCAAGGUACUGGGAGAAUAUGAGUGCGUUUCGAAAGUGGGAUUUUUGUCAGACGGUUUUAUCGUGGAACUAACCGAACCAAGCUCAACCUUGAGAAUAUAUAAAAAUUUAGAAAAAUUUGAUGAAUUGAGUGGUAAGUUACUGUUUUGUAAGGAAAAUGUGUACGGUGUGCUGAACGAAAAAAUUAUCAUUUAUAAGAAUCACGUUGUAAAGCAGCGCAUAGAGCUGGCGGGAGGUGCACUAUCAUUUGCUGAAUUUGAGGAUAUAGGAAUACUUUAUGAUGACGAGGAGUUCAGGUAUUUUUAUAGAGGUGAAGAGGUUAUCAAUCAGGAAGAAGAAGAGUUGUUGGUGAUGGGACUCGAUAAAAAUGGUGAGUCCGUUGGUCUGAGAGAUAUUGUGAUAUUUAGGGACCUUGUAUAUCUACUUGGUUAUAAUGAUACGUUGACUAGAUAUAAGAUAGAAAUAGAAAAUGACAAAGGUGCUGGUGAUCAGUCUAGCAGUAGGAUCAGCAUGCUAGAUAUGGAACCAGAUUUGGAUUUUAAUGAGCUUUCGCUUGAUGAGAGCACAGCAGCAACGAAUGCGCCAAAAAGAGAAGAAAAGGAGACGAAGCAAGAAGGUACAGAAGCUCAGGAGGAAUCGAGUAGGCUUACAGAAGCUUUUAAGUCUACAUCAUUGUUUAGCAGCAAAACCGGUACACUGGCGGCCAAUCUUUUUACCAGCGCUACAAGGGAGACUGGUGCUAAAAAUGUAUCACAAACGACAAUUUUUAAGGAUAGCUCACCAGAAAAGAAGAGUUUUGAUGCUUCGAUCCAAGAUAAACCAAGAAAUACAACGAUAAAUCUGAAUGUUGUCGGCUCUAGUAGUAUCGGAAGUAGUUCUGACGGGGCCAAGAGUGUCGUGGCAGGAGAGGAAGUAAAAAAUAAAGAUAGGACAGCUGUGGAUGUAAAAGCGGGCGAUUCAAUAACCGGAUUAUUUCAGCGAGGUGCUGUUGUUGGGAACACUACAGGUUCAACACGUUUUUCUGCCAUAGAUAAAAAAGAAUCUAUAUCAAGUCAGACUGCGCCAAAAAAUCCCGACGAAGUUCUCAAGACAUCUUUACGCUGUGACAUUAACUCCUUGAUGAAUGAUUUUAUGUCUAUAAAGACCAAUACGUACCAAUUCGAGAGCAUCGACGACCUACCCGACAGCGAAAAUUACCGAUUAAUAUAUACAAAACUCAAGUUCUUGGAAACUGUGAAUGAGAGAAGUAUUAAAAAGGAACUAUCACGGCUGAAUGCAAUGCUGAAUAGGAAAAUUACAUUUGAGAACUAUUUAGGCUAUUUCGAUGAAAAAAUAAAGGUUCUAAAUAGUGCGCGAUACCUGAUCAAGCACAGAAGUGCACCUGUAUAUGAUUCAGCUUUUAGUAAUCGGCAACUUGCGGCUAAGUUUUUGGACGAUUUAAAACUUUUGGAUGCGAAAGCUGUCAAUAAGCUUGACAAACUAGAAGAAAGAGAGCGUAUGUGCAAGAGUGAGCAGGUUAAAACUGAGACAGCUUUUGUUGCACCACAAUCGGGAAAUAAUGUCUCCUCUACACCGACCAGAAAUGAACCUACCGGUAGUUUUCAGCCUCCAUCCAUUCAGCAAAAUAUCUUUCAAGAACAACCGUUGUUCAAUCCAAUGAACAGUUUUUCUCCAAAUACCACGAAUAGCGUACAGAACAGCUCGAACACGCCCUCUUCCAUGAAUACACGAACAUCGACGUUUUCACGUUUCCUGAACAAACAAAAUGAUGUGUUGAAAAAGAUGGAAGAACGAAAAUGAUAAUUGUGUUUGCCAGUGGUCUGUACCGAUACAAAUUGCUUAUUAAACCGUAUUUAAUACACUAAGCUUUUAAUCGU